GACGAGCUAACGGUGUAGCUCCGGUCUGAGCUCUGAUUUAUACUGAAAUGCGGGACUAAUGUGAUUAAAUAAGCGUUUAAAUUGUAUGAAAUAUUGUGUCUGUGGAAUAUAUAAAGCGCAAUGUAUCGCUCUCAGUACGCAUUUAAAUCUAAGGAGCCGAACUCGCUGUGUUUCUCGGCCGGUGAGAGUUUCCUGAUCCUGGAGAGAAGCAGCCAGCACUGGUGGUUGGGGUCGCGCUGCAGCUCCGGAGAGACCGGCUACAUCCCCGCCUCAUACCUACAGAAAAUACCGGCACCGGAGCAUGACGAGGUGCUGCAGUCGAUUGACAGAGCGAUCGAGGGGGUUCAUAAUGUAGCCAUGAAGAACGGAGGCAAAUACAACCUGGAACAGAGAGAAGUGCUGCAGAAGUUAAUCCACCAUAGAAAAGAGACGCUGUCCCGCCGGAGCCCGACGCCGUCCAAUCACAGAGCAGGAAUCCCAUCCUCCAGCAGUGAGGUGUCGCUCAGCUCCGCCCACCAAGCUCCUAACGGCCUGAGCCGCGCCCACAGCUGCCAGGCCAACGAAUCGAUCACGGAUAACACGGAGAACACAAACGUACCCGGACUUUACCAGGUUCCUCCUCAGCCCCGUCGAGCUGCUCCCAUAACCCCACCUGCCCCAGAGAAACAGAGAGAAAGCCGACGCCCAGCUCCGGAGGUUCCAGUCCGAGUGAGCUCCACCCACGGUCCUGAUCCCAGCGCCCCUGUCGCCCAGUCUCCCAGCCUGAGUUCUUCCUCCUCUCAGUCCGGCUCCACCAGCUCCGUCGUCUCAUCCGACGCCAGUCUUCCCAGCGCUUCCAGCACGCCGCCGCCGGUGCCGAGCCGAGCCAAAGCUCCGCCCCCUCCCCCGGCCGACCAAUCCCACGUCAAAACCACACCUGUCCCGUCUUCAUCUGACUCUCUCUACUUGAAAACAACCCCUGACUCCGCCCACUCCAAGAGCCCGGCGCCCACGCCCCCUGCUGACUCCGCCCACUCUAAGAGCCCGGCGCCCCCUCCCCCUGCUGACUCCUCCCACUCCGUAAGCCCCACGCCCCCUGCUGACUCCGCCCACUCUAAGAGCCCGGCGCCCCCUCCCCCUGCUGACUCCUCCCACUCCGUAAGCCCCACGCCCAGCCCUCUACCCAACCUCUCAUUGUCUGAAGAAAGCCUCAACUUUCAGUCUCAGCCAAUCGGGUCACGUCCUACACCCGAGGACCAGUCAGAAGUCGAGUGGCCCUCGGCCCCUCCCCCCGUGUCUCUGAGCCCCACGGCUAGCGAUGGUCCCUCGGCGGUUUCCAAGACGACGGGCGCGGAGCUGAUCGAGCUGGUCAGGAGGAACACGAACCUCAGUUACGAGAUGUCACGCGUCGCAGUGGGCGUCGUCGUCGGCCAUCUUCAGGCGAGCGUCCCGGGAGUGGCCGCCGAGCUGGAGCAAGUGCUGCUGUCAUUGGUCGAGAGCAAGGACCUGAGUGGGGCGUUACCGCGGGGGCAGGUCUGCCACGACGAGCAGCGCUUGGAGGUGAUCUUUAGCGAUCUGGCACGUCACCGCGACGACUCGCAGCAGCGGAGCUGGGCCCUGUAUGAGGACCACGAGCUCAUCACCUGUUACCUGGAGGAACUGCUGCAGAUACUGACAGAUGCAGAUCCAGAGGUGUGUAAAAGGAUGUGCCGGGCCAAUGAGUUCGAACCCGUGCUGUCUCUGGUCUCCUACUACCAGAUGGAACACCGGGUGUCUCUGCGCCUCCUGCUGCUGAAGGUGUUCGGAGCGAUGUGCGCCCUGGACGCCGCGCUCAUCUCCACCCUGCUCAACUCCAUCCUGCCCAUGGAGCUCGCCCGGGACCUGCAGAGCAACACACAGGAGCAUCAGAAGAUGUGUUACACAGCGCUGGUGUUAGCCAUGAUCUUCUCCACCGCGGAGCAGCUACCCUACCGCCAUUACGAUCACCUGAACUCUGCCUUCGUUCGCUUCCUGCUGGACGUCAUCGAGGACGGUCUUCCAUCAGAUCCUACAGAACAGCUCCCUGACCUGUGUGUCAACCUGCUGCUGGCCUUCAACCUGCACCUCCCGGUGCCUGAGAGUAACAUGGUGAUGCAGACACUGACGAAGAGACACAACGUUAAAACGCUCAGUGAGAAAAUCCUACUGCUGCUCAACAGAGCAGAGGACCCGGUGUGUGUGUUUAAACACGCCCCCCCGCCCCCCCACGCCGUGCUGAAGUUUCUGCACGACGUCUUUGCCAGCCGCGACACGGCGGACAUCUUCUACCGCACCGACAUGAUGGUGAUGAUCGACAUCGCCGUGCGCCAGAUUUCCGACCUCUCUCCUGGAGAUAAGCUCAGGAUGGAGUAUCUGUCGCUCAUGCACGCCGUCAUGCGCUCCACCGAUUACAUGCAGCACCGGCACAGGAUGUCGGACCUACAGGCCACGCUGCAGAGGAUUCUGGGAGAGGAGGACGACCCCGGGGAGGAGGAGGGCUGUGCACGGGCCAGGCAGAUGGAUAAACUCAUAGUGCAGCAGAUUCAUGCCGAGUUUCCUCAGAUCGCCGCAGAGUGACGAUACACUCAGGGUCACGAGUUCACAGCUAGAACGAGCAUCAAACUUACAAAUCUAAACAUAACCUAAUACUCUAGUAUAAGACUCACAUCGAUAAACAGAUCCGCUUUGUAUUCUGGACUAUAAUCACCCCGGGUGUUUACGCUCCCUGCUUAGAACGCGUCUGUGGUGCGGCCCAGUUUAACUACAUGACAAAAUGAGCCAUGAAAAGCAAUGGGCCUUCCUCAAACUGUUGCCACAAUGUUAUAGAAUUGAUUUCUUAAGCCUGGUUAUCAAUUAGGAGACGAUAACGAGGAAUCAUCUCAUGUCGCUGAUCGGCCUUUAACGGUCUGAGCGUGUCAUGACGUGUCUGAUCAUCGAGAGCUUCACACCCGGCUGCAGGUUCUAGUCCUGAAAAUACGGCCCUAAACUGAGCACUGAUUUGGGACUCGAACAGACACCCCUCAAGCUCGAGUCCUAACGAAUGUACUAAUCAGAUUCAUUCAUCCGAUUCCAACUGGAACCUCGCAGCAGCAGCAUCUAGGCAGCUUGUCUUCAUCUAGGGACUCGAACCUGUCACGUUCUGUUACAUACGGCGGGAACUUGGUCUGUUUUCUGUUUCCCUUGCAGCGGGUCAUUAGAGUUCAAACUAAAACUGCGACUGUAUAGAAUGGAGUUCGAUUAUGUUGUUAUUUGUUUGUUUGUUUUGAGAAAGAGUGGAAGAAAAUACACAGAUGAGCCAAAACGGUGGAACCACCUCCCAAAAAAUGUGUACGCCAACGCCUGUGAGGGAUCUGUUAGAUGUCGGGCUGAUGGAGGUUCUCUUUUAUUAUAAUUUUGUCUGAUUUACCACCAUAUUCUGUUCAGUAGAAUGAAAAUAACAAUGUAAGACACCCUCACAAUAUUCAGUCCAGUUUAGUGCCAUUAUUUAUUCAUGUUUUAACCUCUACCUCUGAACCUACAGCUGAACCGUCUCUGUGCGUCCGCGUGUUUUAGUUCGUGUUUGUGAUGCGUAACGCUGCAGGUUCCUGUUUGCUCAGUCGUAGCUACAAUUAUCAUUUAAUUCCACUAUUAAUGUUAAUGUUACCGACGAUACACGAACGUGCAGCAAAUAAAACAUGCAUGGAGCUAAUAAAUUCAGAAAUCUUUCUGAAUAAAUGAAAUGUGGUUGUGAGAGUCGUUUACUGAGUUUGUGUAUCGUGCAGGGAUUUCUGUCAUGUUGCUAUCUCCAGUGUUUUAUGAUUAAGCAGACAGACCUGGUCAUAAAGCCUUUGUUUUUCUGCGCAUGUUAUCUCAGAGAGAAAAUAGAAACGCAGUGUUUAUAAUUGCUAAUUAAAAUGUCUAAUUACACCACAGAAUAAAGUCUGAUUAAAAUGACUAACUAAAAUAAUAAUAAUAACAAUUCAUUUAUAGAAGAAUCCAGUGCUCCAGUUGGUUGCUUAAUUCUCAGCUGAAUCCCUGUGAUGGAUUGGCACCCUGUCCGGUGUUUCCCUGUGGAAGUGGGUUUGCUGUGACCCUAACCAGGAUAAAGCGGUUAAUGAAAAUGUAAUAAUAAUCAGUACACACUAUUAAAUAGGAAUAUUAAACAGGAGCAGCACAUAAAAUCACAUGAAUGCAUUAUUGUAUUAAAUUUUAUUUGACUCUA